ACAUGCAUUAAUUAUUGUAAAGUAGCUCUCAUUGAUUGCAAACAAGCUCUCAGUGUCCGCAGCUGUGAGGACGGCCAACAAUAAAGUAAAGAAAUACAGUCCACAUUGAUAGACUGAGGCUCAGAUUCUCUCAAAGGCUGGUCCUGAAGAAAGAUAUUACUCUGUUUGCUGUGCAAGUUAAACUUUGGCCGGGAGUCCAUUGUCUCCUGUGUCUAUCAUUUAAUGGGAGCUUUGACAUAAUGAAUGAAGGGGUCCCACCUCCGUCCCCCAGAAAGAGCCAGUCUUAUCAGAGCCAAUCACAGCGCGCAGCAUUGUCCCCUUUGUGCUUUUUAAUGAAGUUAACUCUUCACACGAGAGGAGAAACUCUUCUGAGCGCUCCAGACUGGAGCAUGCUGACGAGGAACCUGAACGACAUGGCUGGCUUUCCUCAUCCGGGAUUCGGGAAUUCUGGGAAGUGUUUUCUGAUAGAGAACCUGCUGCGUUCCCCUGCGCCGGGUGUUUCGGGGCCGCCGGGGCUGAUGCUGAAGGACAGGUGUGUGUCUCAGGACGGGGAACCUGGUCAGACACCGUCAGUUAUCAUGAGAGGUGUUUCUCUGCCCCGCUGCUCUGGAUCUGGACCGGUGAUGACUUCUGCUCCUCUGUGCCCUAGGUCAGUGCUGUGGAGCUCCAGGUCUCGGCCGGGAAUCCUGCGAAGGGCCGUGUUUUCUGAGGAGCAGAGACGAGAGCUGGAGAAAACCUUCCUCAAGCAGAAGUACAUCAGCAAACCUGAGCGCAAGCGUCUGGCCGUCGACCUCAGUCUGAAAGAGACGCAGGUGAAGAUCUGGUUCCAGAACCGCAGGAUGAAGUGGAGGAACUCCAGAGAGAAGGAGAGCACACACACACGACCGCCGAUGGAGCGACUGAUGCUCUGGAGCCGUCCUGAACCGGACAAAACACACACACACACACACACACCGGUGCACAGCCCGAUCCCUGAGACCAGAUGACACCUCAGACCAGAGAACAGACUCUUGAUGCCAAACACUGCAAACAUCCGAAAUAUAACGGAAAAGCCCGAACUUUUGGAAAGACUUUACAAUACAUUUACAUGAACUAACAAUGAUAUAAAAUAUAAAUACUUAUGAACCAUGUUUUAAUCAUAGUCAAUGUUCAUUUCAACAUUAUAGGAUACUACAUCAUAGUUAUGGCAUAAAAAAAUCAUAAAUAUGAGAAAUUAAGUCAUAAUUGUGAAAUUAAAAGUCUAGUUUAUAAGAUACGAAGCUAUAACUGUGAAAAUAUGAUACUAAGUCAUAAUUAUGAAACUAAGUCUCAAUUAUGAGAUAUUAACUCAUUAUUUUGAAAUUGAAUAAAAAUUAUGAUAAAAGUGAAAAACAUGGGAUACUACGUCAGAAUUAUAAGAUACAAUUUGAAAUCAUAUCAGCAAUUGUGACAAAUAAACAAAACAAUACUGUAUGAGAUAUUCACAAUUCUCAAAUGAAAAACUCAGAAUUAUGAGAUACUAAGCUAGCUGUAAUUAUGAGAUGAAUGAAAUUAUGAUAUAAAAAAAGUAGAAUAAAAUAUUCGAAGGGUCAGUUUUACUAAACAGGUCAUAU